AUGAACAUUCCCAACGCAUCGACCGCACCAGCUGCGGGAGAGUACGCCGGAGAUGAGGUCUCUGCGAUCGUCCUCGACCCCGGCUACUCGACCGUUCGCGCUGGAUUCGCUGGCGAGGACGUGCCCAAGUCCGUCUGCCCUUCCUUUUACGGCCAAACAUCCUCAGGCGAACACCUCUUUGGCGAAAAUGCGAUACAUGCGCCGGUCGGCGGUCUCGAUAUUAAGAACUAUUGGGGCUCAGACGGCAUUGUAGAGGACUGGGAUACCGCGACCAAGCUGUGGGAGUAUGCGAUCACGAGCCGACUCACCGGCGCAAAACCAACCGACCCUACCAAGAACGGGCUGAACGAUGGCAAUGGCGAGAACGAGAAUGGGGAGGCCAUGGACGUGGAUAUGGACGCGUUAGAAAACAACGAGAAGCCGCUGGAAGACAGCCCGCUGUUGAUCACGGAACCAGGCUGGAACAGCGCAAAGGCGCGGGAAAAGUACAUUGAGAUCGCCAUGGAGGACUGGGGCACGCCAGCUUUCUUCUUGCAAAAGACUGGUGUAUUGGCUGCCUUUGCAUCAGGAAAGGCGUCAGGCAUCAUCAUUGACGUCGGCGCGUCGCAUACAUCUGUCACGCCUGUGCUCGACGGCAUGGUGCUGCGAAAGGGCGUCCAGAAAUCGCCUCUAGCAGGUAACUUUGUCUCCGACCAGAUACGGACGUCAUUCAAGCAAGCCCAGCCUGAAGUACCAUUGACACCGCACUACAUGGUCAAGAGCAAGACACCAGUCGACGCUGGCGCACCCGCCCAAGCAACCUACAAGACAUUCGAGACACCACCGACCGACUCUUUCCGUCUAAACGAAGAGGAGCGCAUUCUCACGUCCUUCAAGGAAUCCGUCGUAGAAGUUUGGCCCGGCCCCGGCCGCUUCAGCACCAACGAAGAGCUGGCAAAGAGCAUGCCAGGCCGACCGUUCGAAAUGCCCGACGGCUGGAACCAAGUCUUCGGCAUCGAGAGGUUCCGCGCCGCAGAGGGCCUCUUCGACCACAACGCCGCGCUCGCCAGCGAAACCAUGCCCGCGCCGAAGCCUGAACAGACAAUCCCCCGACUCGUACAAGCAGCAGUCCAACAAGUUGACGCCGACCAACGUCCUCUCCUCCUCUCCAACAUUGUCGUAACAGGUGGCUCGACGCUGCUCUACAAGUUCAACGAGCGCCUCAACUACGAAAUCAACGCCAUCUACCCCAGCACUAGGAACAAGCUCAUCGCACCCGGUAGCGUGGUGGAGAGGAAAUACGCAGCCUGGAUUGGCGGCAGUAUACUAGCUAGUUUGGGCAGUUUCCACCAGCUGUGGAUCUCGAGGAAGGAGUACGAGGAGCAUGGUGCUGGUAUCGUCGAGAAGAGAUGUCGUUAG